CCUCUGGGGGUCCUUUCAACCGGUAACCAUAGCAACAAUGCAAACCGGUGCCAUGCCCGGCGGUCGGGGGACAUCGAUCCCCAGCGGUAUGAAGCCGUUGAAUUGUUACCAGCUUUCGGGUGCAGUGCCUCAUCAGCUGCCUCCAAAAGACUUCAUCGAGCCACCGGUGGGCUCGGCUCAGCUGUCCGUGUGGCCAGCGGGUCCUCUGGCCGUUUCGCCCCAGGCACCGGGCCCCUCCGAGUGUUCCCGGGGCCUCCGCAGGCCUCACGGGACCCCCUACCCGCCGGCCUCGCACCCCUCUGCAAAGCCGCGCUUCCUGCAGCAGUUGGAGGCCGACCUCAGGCAGGAGCUGGGGACACUCAAAUCAUUGAACCCAGACUCACAGGACCUGGAUUUGGCCGCACAGGAGCUUCGACUCCAGGCUUUUCGAGAGGCGUUCAAUUGCAUCAUCGAAAAUUUCACAACCUACAAGCCACUGCUGGCAGCAAUCAAGUGCGAAUACGAAGCCACGUUAGGCCACCUGCGGCGCCGCGUGGCCCAGCUGGAGCCGCUGCGGGGGCUGCUCGUCGCGGAGAGCGAGCGGCGGGCGGCUGAGGGGGUGGACGCACGCCGGGAGGAGGGCGACGCGGCCGCGCGGCUACGCCGGGACAACCGCGAGCUGUCGCGACGCCUGCACGAGGAGAGCGGGCGCACGGACGCGGCGCAGCUGCAGGUGGAGCGUCUGAAGGAGGAGCUGUCGGCUGAGUACCGGCGGAGGCGCGACGAGUCCGACGCUCGGCGACUCCUCAACAACGAGAUCCUGGAGCUGAGGGCGCUGCAGGAGAAUGCGCAGCGCUUGCAGGCACACGAGGACGAUUGGGCCGACCCCGUGGGCCUGCGUCUGGCGCUGCACGUGGCCCGCCAGGACCUGUCGCGCGUGCAGGACGAGCUGACGUGCGCGAGGGCCGACUACGCCGACGUGGUGCCGCGCCGCGACCACGAGGCCCUGGCGGCCAGCCACGCCGCGCUGGCCCGCCACGCGGAGCUCCGCGACAGGGACCUGCUGCUGCUCCAGCAGGAGCACGGCUCCCUGCUGGAGCUCCACGAGCAGCUCCUGCAGCAGAGGGACGGGCUGAGCGCGGAGGUGGAGGCCCUGCGGUGGAACUCCACGCCCAGGCCUCCGUGGGAGGAGUGCGGGGCCGUGAUUGAGGGUGGAGUGGACAGGUGGACUCACCUGUGCGAGGGCAGGAGCAGCGGGGAGAUCAUGAAGCUGCUGCUCGCAGAGGUGACGGGAGUCUCCAACCCGGGCUUCACCGAGGACAACGCUGACCAAGAGGUGGGCGGUGGAGCCGACGGGGCCUGGAGCGUGGAGGAUCUGUGCGCCGUGGUGCGAGACGUGUGGAGGGAGAAGCGGGCGGACGAUGGCGCGGCCGGUGUUCGCUCGGAGCUGUCGCACUUUCUGGUGAACUUUGGGGAGACGCGGGCAGCAGCGGGCGGCGAGGGGUCGUCGGCCCGCGGCCGUGGGGCCGAGUGGGCGCGCGGCGUGCGGGCCGCGUGCCGCGCUCACCGCGACCGCGCCGGCGCCAUCCGCCUCUUCCUCUCCAUCCUCGACGGAGAGCUGGAUGAGUCUUUGUACCACGGGCAGAUACAGAUUCUCUCCCAGCUCGAGCGGACUCUGUCGGUGGUUGACUCAUCGGCAACCGGCAUUCUGUCCGCACAGCAAUUCACGGAUGCCCUCCACCGUGCCUUCCCUCUCAAGGAGGAGGGCCUCAUCGCGGAGCUCCACCAGGGGGCCUGUGCCCAGCUGGGCUUGGACAGCAUCGACGCCUCCAUCCCUUAUAGGGCCCUCUUCACAGAGGGAGAGUCGCCCAGCUCGCAGGAGUUCAUGCAGACGCUGCACAGGCAGACGCACGAGGAAAAGCUGCUCUACCUGCAGGAGGUGGAGGAGGCAGUGGGGGACACGGAGGAGGUGUCGGUGUCGUCUCUCCGUGCCGCCUUCCUGCGCGUCGACCCCUGCCUGGACCAGCCGGACAUUGACGCGUACCUGGCGCGAGCCUUCCACUCGGACCCAGACCGCCUGGAGAGGGCCCCCCCUUGCGAUUGGGCCACGGUGGCGGGUCGCCUGAAGGCCGCUCACGUGAGGAGGGCCGGGCCCCCGCCUUCAUGAGUAUGAGUUGGCAAGCGCACAACACACCAACGCAACAAAGAUAAAGAUACCCUCCCCCCCGCCAGUGUAGCCUUCACUGGCUGUUGCGCCAAGUGCCGUUAACGAGCAGCGAUGAAGGCCGGCACGGCACACGAGGUGGUGGGUGGUCAGCACCACGCCCGGCCGCCUUUGUCUCCCCACCGCUGAUGUUUACACACUUAGCAUGUGCUCAUUUAAGGCCAAGUUCAUCUACAGAAGGCCCAGGACAGGUUUAAGGACCGCUUUGCUACCUCUUUCCACUGCACAACCGAGCCGUGCCAAGGCCGUGCCAAGUCUAUGGGUCUGUAUACCGAGCCCGGCAUGGCUAUGGAGACACAAAUGUGGCAGUGGGAUACGGGUAGUAGACGCGGCUAGGAUUCGAAUUCAAGUUGUCAGGUCAGGUUCGAAGCGCAGUGCGUCAGCCCCUAAGCCACCGCUCCACACAUUAACAACAACAACAGCAACAGUCAUUUGCCACUGAGUGGCGGUGACGUCACCACGACGCUUGUGCCAGGGUAGGUGCGCUUUGAGGCCACGCGAAGUGUGGAAUGUUCGCUGCUCGUAGGGAAUCACGGGGCAGACCCAGGUGCCAUGGGUUGACUGAGAUGACUGGCAGAUGUUACUUACCACCUGUGCUCCCUACUGUGCUAACUCGCUGCGUCUAAGCCUCCCGGCGCUCUGCUCGUUGUUGUGAGCAGCAUUCCUCUGCCGUCUGUCAUCGCUGGAGGGUGCCCACUUCCAUCUGCCCAGUAGCAGCGUUCUUCACGAGCCUCCUGCAACAGGGCGCUGUGGAGGAGGCUUGCAAACACGCGUGUACACAAACGGAACGUAACAAUGUCCGUCAUCCACACGAAUUAAGUGCGCGUGAGUGUUCUUCACAGAUCUCGGUUACAGCUGAUAGAAUUAUUUUGGAUAUGUCCAUGAGUGUGGCAUUCUGUGUAAACAAUAAAAGCAAUUAUGUUCUAUGCGGAA